AUGAAGACCAUUCUGGAGGAGGAGGACAGCCACCGGACAGGCACAGUGCAGCUCCUGCCUGAUGCUGAAUCUCGGGAUAUUGCCAUGACAACCAAGGCCGUGGAGGACCUGGAUGGUGGCCUGGGCAGCUGCCAGGUUGGGGAGGACCUCUCUGCACGGGCUGACCCCUACUCAGGUCAGGCCAGGGAGGACAAGGCUCGAGCGACGCCCUGGGUAUCAGACCUCAGCAGCCGGCCUCCGGACGCGGCAGCAGCUGAGCGGGGUGUGGACGUGAAGCGCAAGAUGGAAAAGGAGCCUGAGGUCAAAGCGGUCCAAAGCCCCAGCAAGGAGAAGCUGAGAGCUGGAGCAAACGCCGUGACAGGCAAGGAGGCCUUCCCUGCUCCUGCCCCUGAGCCCUGGGUCCCACCAGGCGCCGCCCCGAAGGCAUCGGAGCCGCCCCAGCUGAAACCUGUAGCCUGGCCUCCGCCACCCACCGGGCCACCCGCGCCCCAGCUCGAGGCCGAGGCCAGGCCGGAGGCUUCCGGGAGUGGGGCGGCAGCGGAAGAGGAGGCCAGAGAGCCCGCCGGGGAGGCCACUGAGGACGCCCAGGUGCACCGAGGCCCUAAAGAGAAGCCGAGGAAAGAGAAGAGGCCGCGGAGGGAGAGGCCCCGGAGGGAGGAGAGGCCGCGGGCCGACAGGGUGAUGCGAGGAGCGCCACCCGGGCGCCGGGAGUCUCGCCCCGGGGGCCACCAGCCGUGGACACGGGACUCCGGCCCGAGGCCGACCUGGGCCUCCAAGAGCGGCUCAACCUCCUCGGAAGAGGCGGGGCGGCCCGCGCGCCAGAGGCCCCGCCCCGGAAAGGGGCGGGACCGAGCGGAGCAUGCGCCCUAG